AUGGCAGCAGGACAGAGAUCACAGACAUCAUUUGACUUCUGCCACAACCCACACGCAGCCUCCCUCCUCCAUGGCCUGCAGGAACUACGGUCCGAGAGUCUACUGGUAGACGUCGUCCUGUGUGUUUCUGGAAAAGAGAUUCCCUGCCACAGGCCCGUCCUCUCUGCUUGCAGUGGAUAUUUUCACGGAAUGUUCUGUUAUGGUCAUCGUGAAAGCAAGGCACAUAAGGUGGACAUCAGUGGAGUUGGCCCGGAUACACUGCAGCUUAUUGUUGACUACGCGUACACUUCAAAAGUCACCAUCACAGAAGGCAAUGCUGUGAAACUACUUGAAGGGGCCAGCUUCCUCCAGGUCCGUCCUGUGUUUGAUGCCUGUGCAAAGUUCAUAUCUGAGCAUCUGACUGUCCAAACCUGUUUGGACAUGGUGUACAUGGGCCGUUUGCUGUCCCCUGAGCUGUACAAGAGGGCGCUGUCCUACGUCAUGAAGGAGUUCACUGCAGUCAGCAAAACAGCCAAGUUUCUCGAUCUAACAAAGGACCAGCUCAUCACACUCAUCUCAUCAGAUGACCUCAGUGCCUCCGAAGAAACCGUGUACAAGGCAGUGAUGACAUGGAUCACUCACAACAUCGGCAACAGGCAGAAGGAGAUGAGAGAGCUGAUGGAACUGGUCAGGUUCCCCUUCAUGGACAAAAUGUACUUCUUGGAGAAUGUACAGACCAAUGAGGCCGUACGCAAGUCUUGCCAGGAUAUAGUGACAGAAACUCUCAAGUACCAGCUGUUCCCAGGAGAGGUCCAGUCACCCCGUACCCGUCCCCGCUGUGACAGUGGUGUGAGGGAGGCAGUAGUGGUGAUAGGAGGGUCCACAAUCUUCAGUGUGAUGGCUUGUUCAACGGCACCUUUUCAUUCAGGUUGGGUUCCUAUGACCAGAAUGAAGUAUUAUUUUGACCAGGGAUUUGCAGUGGCUGUAUUAGGCACAAGUGACAUCAUUCUGUCUGCUGGUGUUACUGGAAGUAGGGAAGUGUGGAUGUAUCAGCUAGAACUCAACCUAUGGUCCCAACUUGCUUCAAUGAAACUUCACCGGCACGACCACAAGCUGGCAGUGGUACAGGGUAGAUUGUAUGCGAUUGGUGGUAUAAAGGACCCAGAUGCUAUUACUAGUGGCCUCAAAUCUGCUUUUGCGGUUGUAGAAGUCUAUGACCGAAGCAAGAACAAGUGGACCGAUGGAGUUCCACUCCCUCAGCCGAGGUAUAAGCAUGCUGUAGCAGUGGUUAACGGCAGCAUCUAUGUGAUGGGUGGACGUAAUGCAGAGAAGCAAGAUACAUCUACAGUGUACCGUCUUAGCCCUGGAGACUCCAAGUGGGAACCGCAGAGCAACAUGCCAGAAAGAGCUGCAGACAUCACUGCGGCUGUUGUCAAUGGAGCCAUCUAUGUGGCUGGGAUACCUUCAAAGAUGCUCCAAUACAAGCCUGGUGAAAACGGGGGUUGCUGGAGUGUUGUAGCCAAUACAGGUGAUCUUGUUCCCAGAUGUGGGAUGACCGUGUGUGGCGGGAAGGUUCACAUCUAUGGAGGCUGUGGAAUACCAUGGGGGCCAUCUGGGUCGGGCAGCUAG